AACUCAAGUGGGGGCAAAUGCAUUCUCACAUGUUAAUAAAAGGAAGGCUUUACUCACUUGUUCCCCCUUCUGCCGCAAUGCAUACAGUCUUUCCUCUAAUAUUUUUAUUUCUUUUAUAGACCCACAAGUUCUUGUUCCUCAGCGUCUUAACACAACGUGCCUUCAGCACGCCCUAUACACACUCAACAACUCUAUUCGACAACCAUCCCAACAUCUCAAGCCAUAAUGAAACUUACACGUGCCAUAAGCUUGACCAACUUCGUUGUGGCUGGCUCCGCUCUGGGAUUCCAAGUUUUUGUAUUAUAUCCUUGGCAUAAAGAGCUAGACGAGAGCUUCGAGAAGCUGAAGAAGGAGCAUUUGAGGGUCAUGGAUGCAGCUGGAGACAGUCUGACUGAGCCGCAACGAAAGGCCCUCUCUGACAAGAUGAACGAACUGAAAGCUCAAAGCUCUAGAAGCUUCCAUUUCGUCAACCAUGCACCCAAUCCCAGAGAAGCAAUCAGUGCUGCUAGAGAAAAGAUUUUGCCGACUAAGAACAAGUCGGUGGCCGAUGUAAAGAAAGAGACUCCUACGGAUGUAUCUCUGUACGCAAGAUACGCCCUUGCUGGUGCCUUCUGUUGCGCAUUUACCCAUGCCGUUCUCACUCCCGUUGAUGUCGUCAAAACAAGGAUUCAGCUCGACCCAAUCACGUACAGCAGCAGCCUGUCCAGGAGUGCACGACAUAUUGUUUCGGCAGAAGGACCAGGAGCUCUCCUGACAGGUUUAGGUCCCACUAUCGCCGGCUAUUGCCUCCAGGGCGCUUUCAAAUUUGGCGGCUACGAGUACUUCAAAGCUCGUGCGGUAGACUAUCUGGGGCAAUCGACCGCUGCCAAUAACCGAAAUGCCGUUUACCUGGGCUCAGCUGCUGCGGCCGAGUUUCUUGGCGAUAUUGCACUUUGCCCAUUCGAAUCUGUUCGAAUACGGCUGGUGUCUCAGCCUGGCUAUGCCACCGGCUGCGUGAGCGGUCUAGCGAAACUAGCGCGAGAAGAGGGUAUUGGUGGUCUCUACUCCGGUCUGAGCCCUAUUCUCCUCAAACAGAUCCCUUAUACAAUGGCAACAUUUUUAGUCUACGAGAAGGCUAUCCAGACAGCAUAUAGCGUUGUAGACAAGAGAGAGCUCUCGUCGAUGGGAGUUACUGGUAUCAAUCUUGGUGCUGGGCUUGUCGCUGGAUUGGCCGCCGCCGUCGUCUCUCAACCGGCCGAUACGAUGUUGAGUAGAAUUAACAAGGAAAGAGCAGUCAUAGGCGAAAGUACAUCCCGUCGCUUGUUCCGAAUUGCUGGUGAGCUUGGACUGCGCGGUGCUUACACAGGCAUGCAAGCACGUGCAGUUAUGGUUAGUGGCAUGACGGCAGUGCAGUUCGGCAUCUACGGAGACAUAAAGAAGAUCUUUGGGGCAACUGAUGGAGUAGAGUUGAGCGAGCACCACGUUGCUCACGUUGCUGUAGACACUUUUUCUGAGGAACUGCAACAAGCGGCUGUGUAGCCUACUGGAUGAAAGUGAGCUUGGUUGCAAAUGUUAUUGAAUUAGACUUUCCCAUCCAUUUUAGAUUAUGUCGUCAAUAUAGCGUAUGUAUCUUUUAGGCAUUUCCAUUUGCGAGGACUUGUCCACCUUAUGCAAAUCCAUUGUAUCCCAGAUCGUCUUGAUAUUGUUGAUACAUGUCUGUACUGGCAGCGAGGGUUAGUAGAGCAAAGGCAUAAAAUCGAUUCAAGAUACCGCCCUGGGUUUCCCC